CAUAUAACGUAUUUGUGUUCGAUUACGCAUUGCAUUGUAUAACAUUUACGUUUUUCUUUCGCAAAAGAAACCUACACACAGUGGAGUGGUGAAUUACCGAAAUAAAAAUCGAAACAAAUACACCACACAAAAGAAGUGAGAGCAAAAACCCAGAGACUCACUCACCCAAAACAAAUCAGAAAAUAUUUUUAAAAAGCAUCACACUCAGAAAACAACUAAUAGUUGUUGUAAAUACAAGUAGAAUGUGAUGAUGUACGUAGCACGGGUUCUAAAUUCAGUUGCACGGUGACUUGCAGUAAAAGCGGGUCUUGUUUUUUGACGCAUUUUCUUAAAAAUAAUCAAAAAUAACGUGUAAACGCGAAGCGUGUAUAAUAUUAAUGACGGUCGAUUUGUUAUUGGAAUAAAUAUGAAAAAUUAUAUUUUGCUUUUAGUAUAACAAAUAAAAACGCGUGUGAGUGUUGUGACAAAAUUAUACAAAAUAAAAGGAAGUUAUAAAUUAAAAAAAAUAAUUAAAACAAAAUUGUAGUUAAAAAGAAAAUAUUGAAAAUUUAAAAGUGCUUUAAGGCAAAAUAAUUGAAGUAUAAAAAUUGAAUUGAAAUUUUUAUUGAAAAAAAUUAUUGAAAAAAGAUUAAAUUCGUUUCUUGGUAACCGGAGCAAAAAAAAGUAAAUACAAAAGGAUGACACUUGAACAGGUCUUAAAUUAAACAGAAACAAAAGGCAACAGGAAAGGAACAACAAACAAAAAAAAAAACAUGUUAAAAAAAUAAAAUAAAUACCAACAAGAUGACAACAAUUGUAAUAAAAAAGUAACAUAACAAGAGUUAAAAAAAAUUACAAAAAACAGACAAAUACAUGGUGACAAAUAACACAUACAUGGUGCUACAAAAAACAACUGAGAUUAAAGUAUAAAAAAAUAUUUUAAAUAAGUAAAAGUAUAACAAAAUAAAUUCCCACCAGCAGUUGCACAAGGACUUUGCGUAAGGAUUCUUUUUGUCAUUUUUUUUCUUUUGGGUUACUCAGAAUUUACGCCAUUCCUUUUGCGACAGUGUUUGUUUAAUAUUUCCUGUCUUAUUUAUUUAAGAAAUUGUGCUGAAAUAAAAGCGAAACCAUGAUAAAAUGUUUUUGUUAAAUAUAAAGGAAAAUAUUUGUUAGAAAUUAUUUUUUGUUUAAAAAAAGAACAACAACUGCAAAAAAGGACUUUCCUGUCAACUUCAUUACCAAAACAGGAAUCUGCUUUAUAGUGUUCCAUUAUAUUCUAUUAGUUUUUCUUUUGUUGGGUUUGUUUACUGAGUUUUCGUAGUGUUGUUCAACGUUCAUCUUUUAUGUGAUGCCCUUAAGGAGUCUAGAGUUGGAGAUAGUUUACAUUUAGUUCACUUUUACAUGAUUUGACAACAAAAAGGACAUUAUAUUGUCACAACAGGAUAAAAAACAAUUACCUCAUAACAGCAGCAGCUUAGAAGAAAAAAAACUCACACAAAAAACUACAACUCAAAAUCAUUGAAAUAGAAAAAAUAAAAGAACAAAAAUAAUAGUUGCAAAUAGAGGAAAGUGUGGUUAAGAGGAACUGCAACCAUUUUUUGGUGAUUUUGAGACAAGUGACAACAAAGAGUAAUGAGAAGAAUAGACAAGGGUGCUGAGACACCCUCAUCAACCGCAAGGACUUUAGCAAACAAUAUGCUGGCACAGGACUCAUCUCACAAACCAACAGCCCCAGCAGCAACAACAGUAAAAGCACAUCAUCAGCAACAACAACAACAAGAACAGUAUCACAGUAGUAGUUGUAGCAAUAGUAACAAAUUACAAACAUAUCAAGAAAAUUUUAACAAUGAAAAGUCCUUGAAAGAUUCCACAAAAAUGUUGCCAACACCUACAACAACAACGAAUAACAAACAGCUACAAAUGUCAACUACACAGCAAACAACAAAAGCUGGAACAGCAGCUCUACUUUCAGUAGCAGCAACACAACAACAGCAACAAACUAGUCGCCUUGAUGGACUUAAUCAUACAAAUAAAAGUCCCUCAAAUAAAAACACAGAAAACCUUCAGCAGCAACAACAUCAUCAACAGCAGCUUACUGCUGAAACAUAUAAAAAAUGUCCUGUAGUUAUAAACAGCAAAUCUUCCUCAACAAUAGCGACAACAUCCACAACAAAACAACCUCCUUCAUUCCAUAUAAAAUCUUUAACCAGCUCUUCAUUCUUUACAUCAGCAACAUGUCCCUCUACAUCCUCAUCCAACAAAUCAGCAACAACAAAAACUUCAAUAUCAUUAUUAAAUUUAUUUUUCUACAUCAUGUGCGUCACAUCCUUGGGCUUCUCCUUGUACUGUAAUGUACGACAAACGCAUACGGAGCGCACAUUACGACAUUUAAGGGAAUUCGAUGAACGUCUAAUGGAUCUGGAGAUGCAAUUACAAAUGCAACAACAACAAUUGCAACAUGUUAGCCAUACACUGACACAAACUCAAGAGCAACUACGACAGGCAGACACAUACAGCAGAAGCUACAGCAACAACAACAACAAUAAUAAUGAAGAAGAGGACGAUGAGGUGGAUGACGAUGAUGAUGAAAUGGAUACUACUGAUAUGGAUUAUACCUCUCGAGCACUGAGUGCUGGAGGUAAUUUAAAUAUUUUACAUUUGAGAGAUGCCAAAGAUGUUACACAAGCUGUUCGUUUAUUAACACGGCAAGUGGGUGAAUUACAUCGUCUUAGACGUGAUGUUUCCCAAUUACAAUUGAGUCGUCGACAACAGCAUCGUCGUCAGACGGGUCUAGGUGGCGGCGGCAAUGGUUCGAGUGGUUCGCAUGAACGUUUAGGCAGUGCAGGUGCUGGCGGUAAUUUCCAAGAGUGCGGUUGUCAACCAG